CCUCUUUGUUUGGAUCCUAAAUUCAUAAUUUCAUAAUACAAUUCAUUCAUUGUCUUUCUUCUAAACCACAACCACAAAACCAAGAAUAAUGGAAUGCUCCUCUUGUUGUAUGGGCCUUAAUCACCGAGGCCCAAAGCUAACCAAAACAACCUCAACAUCUUCCUCCAAAAACAACAACAACAAAAACAGGGAAUAUGAAGAGAGGUGUAUACCAAUAGAAAUGAGUUUCCGCCCAAACCAAAAAACUCUCUUUUCUCUUCUCAAAAAAGCUCGUUCCUUUGUUGCUUCAACCUCCACCACCGCCGCCAUUGCUGCUACUUCUUCUUCUUCCUCCUCCGCCAUCGCCAUGGAUGCUCCCAACACUCUCACCACCAAGCUUUGCAUCAUCGGAAGUGGCCCCGCAGCCCACACUGCCGCAAUCUACGCUGCUCGUGCCGAGCUCAACCCUAUUCUCUUCGAGGGUUGGAUGGCUAACGACAUCGCCCCCGGUGGCCAGCUCACCACCACCUCCGACGUCGAGAAUUUUCCCGGCUUUCCAGAUGGCAUCCUUGGAAUCGAACUCACAGACCGAUUCCGUAGCCAAUCUCUCCGAUUCGGCACUCAAAUCUUCACCGAAACCGUCUCUCGCGUUGACUUCUCCGCAACUCCCUUUAAGAUAUUCUCCGAUUCCAAGACCGUUAUUGCCGACUCCGUCAUCGUCGCAACCGGCGCUGUUGCCAAAAGACUCGAGUUCGCCGGAUCGGGUGAGGGAAAAGACGGAUUCUGGAACCGUGGGAUUUCGGCCUGCGCCGUUUGCGACGGUGCUGCCCCAAUCUUCCGUAACAAGCCACUUGCGGUGAUUGGUGGAGGAGACUCGGCGAUGGAGGAAGCUAACUUCUUGACCAAGUAUGGAUCGGAGGUGUACAUAAUCCACAGGAGGGACAGCUUCAGGGCUUCGAAGAUUAUGCAGAAUCGAGCUCUGAGUAACCCUAAGAUCAAAGUGGUGUGGAAUUCUGCGGUGGUGGAGGCGUACGGAGAGGGAGAUAAGAAGAAUAAUCUGGGUGGGUUGAAGAUCAAGAACUCAGUGAGUGGUGAAGUGAGUGAUUUGAAGGUGUCUGGACUGUUCUUUGCAAUUGGGCAUGAGCCUGCCACCAAGUUUUUGGAUGGUCAGCUUGAGCUGGACUCAGAUGGGUACGUUGCCACCAAGCCAGGUAGCACUGUGACCAGUGUGCGUGGAGUUUUUGCAGCUGGUGAUGUUCAGGACAAGAAGUAUAGGCAGGCUGUUACAGCUGCCGGGACUGGGUGCAUGGCAGCAUUGGAAGCGGAGCAUUACUUGCAAGAGAUUGGAUCACAGCAGGACAAGACUGACUGACUAGUACUACCUAUGCCUAGAAGCAAAUUUUAGUCUUCUUAAGUCACUUUACACUCAUAAUUAAUGUAACUUCUCCAUUAUUGUUACUAUUAUUUCUUGUAUUCAAAAGAAGCAAUUUCAAUUGGAUUUUAUUUUCAUCUUCAA